CUGAACGUUAUAAUAAAGCUUAGUCGCAACUUUCAGUCGGCCGUUCGGCGGGCGCCAGAAAACUUUAAAAACUCACCGGCCACUGGGCCGUAAACUUAUUUCCGAUCUGAGCUUGGAGCUGAACACAACCAACCGGACCAAAUCAGCAGAAGCAGUGGCCAUGAAGUGCACUUUGCUAACCACCUUGCUGGCGACCCUGGCGGCUUCUUCGUUGGCCGCACCCUUCGAUUUGGGUGAAAUCUUCUCGGGCUUUCAGCCGCUGGAGAAACAGGAUGUAGUCAAGCGGCAGGUGCAGGCCAAUCCCGAUGCCGAGCUGAAGCAGAUCUCCUUCCAUGGGCUGAUCGGAGAUCUGGAGGACAGUCUGUUCACGUCCGCCUUGAGUCUGCACCAGGCCAGUGCGCCGGGCAGCGAGGUGGAGGAGGUGAAACCUGAAUCUCAGGCUGCGAUCACUGAGGGCGAGGAGCACGCGCUGACCAAGCGAUCUGAUGAGUCCACGCCGGCCACAUCAGUCGUCUCGGCCUCGGACGAUGGCCUGGCGCGCAAGAUUCUGCUGCAGACCACCAGGAAGGUGCCCGAUGGAGAGGAUGGUGUGCCCGCCCACUUGAUUAUCGAUCAUGUGUCCGUGCAGCCACACAAUGGUGGUGCCAUCCCACUGAUUCCCACCUUCCAGGUGCACCACACCAAGCUAAUCUCGGCCACCAUCAAGGAGGACUCCAAUAGCGACAGCAGCGAUGGCAAGCAGACCAAGAUUAGCAUCACCAAAACAUCGAUUACGUCCACGGCGCCAAUUGAGAGUGUGGAGGAGGCGGUGGCCCUGGCUGGAUCUGCGACCAACACCGAGGAAGCCACCACCAAGGUAGAGACGACCACAAAGGCCGUUGAGAAGGAGGAGGCUGACAAGAGCUCCACUACCAUCUUGACCAUUGUGAGCAGCUCCACCUCCACCACCACCACCACCACGGAGGAGCCCAUUCAAAAGCUGAAAAAGGACGAGGAGAAGCUGAAGGAGAAGGUGGCCGAGGUGGAGGCCGAUCCCGUCAUCCUCUCGGCUCGCGUUUAAGCCGGCCGACCUCUGAACCCUCUAGCUGUAAACCUCAUCUCCAACUCAUCCCGCAACUCGAAUAUUUAUGACACGCCAAGUUCAAUUAAAGUCAUGUGAUCCGAUCCGAUCUAAAGUCGCCUUAUUUGCAUUUCCAAUUCACACGCUGCGGGAAGUGAUGAGCUGGGUGGCCAGGUCUACCCGGGGAUCUCUGCCAAAUUUGAGGCUCUAAUUGCUCGGAUAAACACAAGCCCUUAUGAAGCUAGCGGUUCAACCAGGCAUGAACGAUUCAUCCGAAACCUUCCCAGACUCUCCGGUGGGAAAAACCCCACAACGCAUCCAAAUUUUUCGCUUCCAAGCAAAUAAUACUAUAUGUACAUAUGUUCUCUGAAAGCGUGUUGCAAAUGUGAACUUCAAUUGGGUUAAUAAAACAUUGCCAAAUUGUUUGGGCCCGAACUAUCCAA